GGCGGCGGCGGCGGCGAACGCCAAGCCGCGUCCGAGCAGAGCUGCAGCGGCUGCCGCUGGCACCGGAGUGCCGAGCCCAGGACGCCCCCGGCCCAGGCCCGCGGGGUGGACAAGUCCUUCACCCCUCGCCGAAGUGUGUGGAGGAGUGAUGGGCAGAACCAGCGCUUCCCUCAGGCACUAGACCUGCCACGAGUGGACUUAGUUCCCUCCCACACUGCUUCACUCUACCCUAAGAACACAGAUCUGUUUGAGAUGAUUGAAAAGAUGCAGGGAAGCAGGAUGGAUGAACAACGAUGCUCCUUCCCACCACCCCUCAAAACGGAGGAGGACUACAUUCCCUACCCGAGUGUCCACGAGGUCCUGGGGCGAGAAGGGCCCUUCCCCCUCAUUCUGCUGCCCCAGUUUGGGGGCUACUGGAUUGAAGGCACCAAUCACGAAAUCACCAGCAUCCCGGAGACGGAGCCACUGCAGUCACCCACAACCAAGGUGAAGCUGGAGUGCAACCCCACAGCCCGCAUCUACCGGAAGCACUUUCUCGGCAAGGAGCAUUUUAAUUACUACUCACUGGACACUGCCCUGGGCCACCUUGUCUUCUCACUCAAGUACGAUGUCAUCGGGGACCAGGAGCACCUGCGACUGCUGCUCAGGACCAAAUGCCGGACAUACCACGAUGUCAUCCCCAUCUCCUGCCUCACCGAGUUCCCCAACGUGGUCCAGAUGGCAAAGCUGGUGUGUGAAGACGUAAAUGUGGAUCGAUUCUAUCCUGUGCUCUAUCCCAAGGCUUCUCGCCUCAUCGUCACCUUUGACGAGCAUGUCAUCAGCAAUAACUUCAAGUUCGGAGUCAUUUAUCAGAAGCUCGGGCAGACCUCUGAGGAAGAACUCUUCAGCACCAACGAGGAGAGCCCCGCCUUCGUGGAGUUCCUCGAAUUUCUUGGCCAGAAGGUCAAACUGCAGGACUUUAAGGGGUUCCGAGGAGGCCUGGACGUGACCCACGGGCAGACGGGGACCGAGUCUGUGUACUGCAACUUCCGCAACAAGGAGAUCAUGUUUCACGUGUCCACCAAGCUGCCCUACACAGAAGGGACGCCCAGCAGGCUGUGGCCCUGUGCUCAGUUGCAGCGGAAGCGGCACAUUGGGAACGACAUCGUGGCUGUGGUCUUCCAGGACGAGAACACGCCCUUUGUGCCAGACAUGAUCGCGUCCAACUUCCUGCACGCCUACGUGGUGGUGCAGGCCGAGGGCGGGGGCCCCGACGGCCCACUGUACAAGGUGUCCGUCACUGCACGAGAUGACGUUCCCUUCUUUGGGCCACCCCUCCCAGACCCCGCUGUGUUCAGAAAGGGGCCUGAGUUCCAGGAAUUUUUGCUGACAAAACUGAUCAAUGCUGAAUAUGCUUGCUACAAGGCAGAGAAGUUUGCCAAACUGGAGGAGCGGACACGGGCUGCCCUUCUGGAGACGCUCUAUGAGGAGCUACACAUCCACAGCCAGUCCAUGAUGGGCCUGGGUGGCGACGAGGACAAGAUGGAGAAUGGUGGUGGGGGCGGCGGCUUCUUCGAGUCUUUCAAGCGGGUCAUCCGGAGCCGCAGCCAGUCCAUGGAUGCCAUGGGGCUAAGCAACAAGAAGCCCAACACUGUAUCCACCAGCCACAGCGGGAGCUUCACACCCAACAACCCCGACCUGGCCAAGGCGGCUGGAAUAUCACUGAUUGUCCCUGGGAAGAGCCCUACGAGGAAGAAGUCGGGCCCAUUCGGCUCACGCCGCAGCAGUGCCAUCGGCAUCGAGAACAUACAGGAGGUGCAGGAGAAAAGGGAGAGCCCCCCGGCUGGCCAGAAGACUCCAGACAGCGGGCACGUCUCACAGGAGCCCAAGUCGGAGAACUCAUCCACUCAGAGCUCCCCAGAGAUGCCCACGACCAAAAACAGAGCGGAGACAGCAGCUCAAAGAGCAGAAGUGUUGAAGGACUUCUCCCGCUCCUCGUCCAGUGCCAGCAGCUUUGCCAGCGUCGUGGAGGAAGCGGAGGGUGUGGACGGGGACGAUACAGGCCUGGAAAGUGUCUCAUCCUCAGGGACACCCCACAAGCGGGACUCAUUCAUCUAUAGCACGUGGCUAGAGGACAGUGUCAGCACCACAAGCGGGGGCAGCUCCCCAGGACCCUCUCGGUCACCCCACCCAGACGGCGGCAAGUUGGGGGACCCUGCAUGUCCCGAGAUCAAGAUCCAGCUGGAAGCAUCUGAACAGCACAUGUCCCAGCUGGGCUGUUAGCCAGGCUGCCCCUUGAAGGUGACACUGAGCAGAUGAGGCCACAGAAGCACAAUGUGAAGAUGCCGUGUCAAAUCCAGGCAGACAGGACCUCCGCCCCGAGGCCAGCACCAGCCUGUGGGCUGCCCUCUGCCUCCCCAACCCUCCUCUUGGCCCACAGUCUACACUGUCUCUGCAGGGCGGAGCCGUCCAGACCUGGGAGCGGGGAAGCUGCUGGCACCAUCCCCACCCCCUGGGCUGGGGGGCCUG